AUGAACAGCAGCAACAGUGGACGUGGGCCUGAGGCAUCCUUCUCGCAGGCACUUUCUCCAAGCCAUAAACAGUUUUUUUUCCCUGCACCAAUUACAUUCUUCUCUCCACAGGCCACCCAUCCAGAUCCUGGGCCCGGCAGCCCAGCCCUUCUCAACAUGAACCACUAUGCCAAUAAGAAGAGUGCAGCUGAGAGCAUGCUGGAUGUUGCUCUACUGAUGGCCAAUGCCUCCCAAUUAAAGGCAGUGCUGGAUCAGGGGCCAAAGAUUUCGUUCUAUGUCCCCAUCGUCACCCUUAUCAGCAUCUCCCUCUGUCUACAGGUCGCAGUUGGGAUCCUGCUUAUAUUCAUAGUGCGAUGGAACCUAUAUGAUGAUCAGAUACAGGGGAAACUUAACUUCAUGGAAAACUUAAUCACGGGCCUGGUUUUUAUUAUUGUGGUGGUCAACAUCUUCAUCACAGCCUUUGGAGUGCACCGACCAAACUGA